GUGAUUGUAGAUGAAGUUCAUGGCAAAGUUUACAUGUUUAACUCAUGAAAUAAAGUUUUCUUUUGCCUAAAUAGGCAGAGAAACAGAUUGAGAUGUACAGCAGACAAGGGUUUUCAGGUCUGCCCAUCUGCAUGGCCAAGACUCAGUAUUCAUUUUCACACAAUGCAGCUAAGAAGGGAGUCCUCAGCAGCUUUGUCCUACCAAUAAGGGAUGUGAGGGCUAGUAUUGGGGUUGGAUUCAUAUACCCUUUGGUGGGAACAAUGAGUACAAUUCCAGGACUUCCUACAAGGCCAUGCUUCUACGAAAUCGAUCUCGACACCACUACUGGAAAGGUUAUUGGUCUCUCUUGAACAAGGCCUCUAUACUUUGGCCAAAGUUUGGAUCAAGGGCUGACUUUUCAUUACCAUGGUUUGAUGGUUUUGCUAAAAUUGUAUCAUGCCAUAUUCCAUCUGUAUUGGAUAACUAAACAUAUUUCUUUUUUCAAAUAAAAGAAGCAUGUUAAAUUUGA